UUACGUGAGUGACAAAUCGGACAAAAGUAGUAAUAGCAAUAGUUGGUGCUUAAACAAUAUCGUAUACAUAGUAUAAAAAUACAAACCGGGGAAGAACUAAUAAAUAAACUAAUAUAAAACAUAAUCUGACACUACAAGCUUCGUGACAGAACGCGUCAGAGAUGACGCGACGCGGUAAAAACACUUCCUUCUACUCUCGCAAAGGUUUCACCGUUGAUACAAAUGACAGACAUGAACCCUGCACUUUUUAAAGUUUAUAAUCAAGCAGAAACAUUGAAGAUGUCUGAUUCGAGGAGAAGGUCUAGAGGGAGUCAAGAGGAGUCAGCGGGAACAUCCAAUGGAUUGGGUGGGCGGAACAGGUCAGAGAGAGCUUGUGAUAUGGGUGAUGAAGAUGAUAUUGGUGCCGGACCCUCAGGUAUUAGUGAGGAAGAUGAUGAUCCAACACGCAGGAGAGAGAUCAGGAGCAAGUACAGGGAUCUGAUCAAUCAAGUCCAGCAAAAUCGUGAGGACAUGCUGAACCCAGCUAACAAUAAACUCACUGAUGUUUUAGAAGAGGCCAACAAACUUUUUGCCAAUGUGAGGCAGGCUCGUGAAGCAGCGCUGGAUGCUCAACUCCUGGUACUAGCCACUGAUCUAGGGAAGGAAAAGGCCAGCCAGCUACAUGCUGAAGGCUCUGCAUUUGACCCGUCUGCAUUUGCAGAACAUUUGUUGUCCUUCAUGGGUCUGAAUCGUUUGGAAGAUGAAAGUGGUCAGGAUGGGAACUUGGAGGGAUAUUUACCACAAAGUGCCUGGCAGAGGCUUGCAAAGAGAUCCGAGUACUGCUUCAAAACAGCCCCCUCAUUCCACUACAUGUUUGGCUCGUUUCUGGCAGAGCCUCCAAAGCCACGGCAGAGAGUUGAAAGACAAAGGAAAGCACCCAGCAAAGAGGCCAAACGAGUGAUGCCCACCCAGCUGAAGAAAAUGGAAGAAUCUCACCAGGAGGCGACAGAGAAAGAGGUUGAAAGAAUUCUUGGAUGUCUGCAAAAAUACUUUGCUGAUGACCCUGAGGAACCCAUUUCAUAUUUUGAGUUCGUCAUUGACCCCAACUCCUUCUCCCGGACGGUGGAGAACAUCUUCCACACGUCUUUUCUCAUAAGGGAUGGUCUGGUGAAAAUGAACUUGGAUAAGGAUGGGCUUCCUUGUAUAGCUCCAGUAGAGGAAGGAGAGGUAGAGCCUGGUGGAGCUGCUGUCCGACAUCAGUGUGUCGUCUCCAUCAACCGGGAAAGCUGGAGGGAAAUCAUCGAUGCCUUUGAUAUUAAGGGAGCUUUGAUCCCUGCUCCAGAGGUUUUGUCGCAGUAAAGCUAAUUUGGAGGAUAGUUAGCGGCAGCCGCCAAAAUAUUUGUAAAAUAAAAAAUACUGUUUUCUUCUUUUUAUAUUUUUAAUAUUUGGGAUCACAGUUUUAAGAGUUAUACCUUUGAAUUCUGUAUAAAAUGUAAUAAUUGUGUCUAAUACAAUAAAUGUAAAGUGAACUUGCACUCAACAUUAUAUUGAGUGUUGGAUUCCAAGUAAAACUAAAUAAAUAUUUUAAUGGAAACGGGCAAGGUUCAUAACUCUCCACUGUCUGUAAAUGUACAUCUCUGUUCUUUUUCCUCUGAAUUUGAAAUAUUCAGAGAAGCUGGUCAAUUGUGUGCAUAUAGACGGUGUCUGGAUGCUUGAAAAUGUCUCUCUGUUCACAUGGGAUCAAUAUUUCAUAAAACGGGUUUGCUUUGUAAACCAUUAUGUAAAGAUAUUCUAUUUGCAAGUCAAAUCUCCAUUUGCACAGCCCUCAUACUACAGAGUGUCCGCUUAUACUUAAUUUAACAAGGUAAGGUAAUUUCCUUGAAUAUCAUUUUACUAUCUAAGCUAUUAAGCCUAACUUUGAUUGUGUGUAGAUAAGAAACUUAAUGCAGAUUAAUUAAAUAUGUGCAUAGUGUUGUGUUUUUAGGGUUUUGUUUCAAUUUCUUAAUAGUAAUCAUUAAUCGGGUCACAAAAGUAUGUAGUAAGAUGAACCUCUAUAUUUGCCAUA